CUGAAGCGGUCACCAGCGUGUGGAGCCUGCCCCACACCCGUCCCCUGCCAAACCACGGCCUUUACCUGUGUCUUCCGGUGUUUCCCGUGCGACCCGUCCUGCGGGAGUGCCUCCUGGGCCACCCCAGAGUUCACCCAGCGCUCAGUGGCUCCAAUGGUGAAGAUGACAAGGUCCAAGACUUUCCAGGCAUAUCUGCCUUCGUGCCACAGGACCUACAGCUGCAUUCACUGCCGGGCUCACCUCGCCAACCACGACGAGCUCAUUUCCAAGUCCUUCCAAGGAAGCCAAGGACGAGCAUACCUCUUCAAUUCAGUAGUGAAUGUGGGUUGUGGCCCUGCAGAGGAGAGGGUGUUGUUAACAGGAUUACAUGCGGUUGCAGAUAUUUACUGUGAAAACUGCAAAACCACGCUGGGUUGGAAAUAUGAACACGCUUUUGAAAGCAGCCAGAAGUAUAAAGAAGGCAAAUACAUCAUUGAACUAGCUCACAUGAUCAAGGAUAAUGGCUGGGAUUGAAUGGGAAGAGCCCAGCCCUAGCAGCGUGUACGAGAAUGCCAUCCAACCGAACAUUAUAUCCAAGAGUGAGAGAGUGACUGAACGCUUGGUUCCAUGCAUUUAGAGGCUCUGCAGUUUGGGAGCAUCUUCACACCCUUCUCCAUCUUUAUUGGUGACUGGCCUCUAAAUUUCUGUCUCUCUGUCUCUUUGCUUUGUAUCUGUUUGUGAGUUGCCCCUGGCUGCUUCUCUCUCUGUUCUGGCGUUGGCUAGGAGAAUGCACCGACAGCCGUUCCGCCGUGACCAGUGUCUGAGCACAAACCGAUGGUGGCUUUGUGGUGGCAUUUCACCAGGAGGUCUCUGUGUGGGAGGAAGACCUGAGCUUGGGGCAGG